UUAAAGUUAACGAAGGUACAUAUGAGACAACGUUUUGGCCUCAAAUUUCGGGUUUUGUUCAGAAUGCACUACAAGCGAGUCUACAGAUAGAGAGACCUUUGCAUACCUAUUCUCAUGAAGAACUUUAUAGAAGUAUAUAUUGGAUGUGUUGGCAAGGUUUUCAAAAACGACUUUAUUCUGACUUGACCUCAGUAAUCGAAAAAACUUUGGAGAUACUUGGAAAUCAAUUAGAAAAUGAUAAGCAAUUGAACACAUGGUUCACCAAUUUUCAACAAAUAUGUGUCAACCAUGCAAAAGCCACCGAAAUUUUGGAGAGUGUUUUUGCGUAUCUGGAUAAAACAUAUAUCCAAUGUAUUCUCCGAGAAAACUUGCGUGAUGUUUUGGUGGAUCGAUUUCAACGUCAUAUUACAGAAAAAUCGGAAAUGCGUAUUAUCUACACAUUUAAUCUGGUGCUUAAUAAUCCUGGAUUAUUGGAAUUAAAUGCUGUAAAAGAUGUUUUGAAAGCAAUGUAUAAGAUUAAUGCUGAUAAUAUAUAUUUGAAUCCGACAUUAUUUCUAGAUUUAAUAGAAGAUUUUAAAAUACCCACCAACUUUGAAGAUAUCAGAGCUCGACAUACUACUUUAGAAACGAAGUAUCAAUUGGAAAAAUUAAAAAGUGAAGGCUGGGAACCAGGUCAGUCAUUCCAAUCAAAAAGGCCGAUAGCUAUGGUGAAUGAAGGUGAUGAAAAACAAGAAGAGGAAUCUUCAGCAAAACGUCGGCAAUGCUAG